CCUACCAGAUCAAGAUCAGUGUACGUCGCUAGCAAGGAAUAUAACUGAUCUGAUUCCAAUCUUACAUAUUACAGGGCGUGAUAAAUAUAUGACAAAAUCAUGGUCGCCAGUGAGUCUAUCUCCAUCGUGCUGGUGGCAGUUGUAGCGUUCUUGACUCUGAUAAUUUGGAUGGUCCAGCGGCGUCCUUAUCGCAACCUUCCUCCCGGUCCGAAAGGAUGGCCACUUGUUGGCUGUAUACCUAUGCUGAAAUCGGACCUUCACCUGGACCUGCAAGAUCUGGGGAAAGGGUACAAGGAUAUUUACUCUGUAUACCUGGGCACAAGGUUAAACAUUAUCCUGAGUAGUCAUCGUGCAGUGCGUGCCAGUUUAUUGAAAUACGGAUCUGUGUUCGCUGACAAACCCGCAGAGCCACACAUCGAAGUUGUUAACCCACAUUUCUACGGAACAAUUUUUGGUCCGUACUCAGAAGACUGGAAAAUGGAGAAGAAGUUCACCAUUAAGGCUCUGCGGAGUUUUGGCUACGGGUCUACUAGUAUCGAAACCAAUAUACAAAAAGAAGUUACCAAACUUAUCGAGCACUUCGAAUCGCUGAAAGGUCCUCACGACAUCAUGAAAUCGGUAUCAAUCGCCAUGUCAAAUAUCAUGACGCUCAUACUGUUUAGCAGGCGUUACGAUUACGACGACCAAGGUUUCUUGGAUAUUUUGCAGACGAUAGGAAAAUGGAUGGAAAACACUGCCAAACUUCAGGGUGACUUGAACUUCUUCCCAUUAAUGGGUUGUUUGCCGUGGGUUUUAAAAAGGAAAAAAUAUACGAGGCAUCUUAACAAAAAACUUCACGACUUUUUCCGAUCACACGUGGAGGAACAUAGAGCAACUCUCGUUCCUGGUGUCACGCGAGAUUUCGUUGACACGGUGCUUCACGAGAUCGGCUCUGACAAGAUGUCAUCAACGCUCGGCUAUUACUCAGACGAUAAAUUUAUGUACCAGCUUCAUUCUUUUUUCCCCGAUGCUGUCGAUACCGCUCCAGAGUCGAUGAGAUGGCUAAUGUUGUACACUGUUUACUAUCCUGAAACGCAGAAGAAAGUGCAGGCGGAGAUUGAUGACGUCAUAGGACACAAUCGUCUGCCCUGUCUCGCGGAUCGUGACGCAAUGCCGUAUACUCAAGCCACGAUAAUGGAGACGCUCCGAUUUUCGGGGGUAGUACCAAUUAACCCAACCCACUGUUGUCUUGAAGACACAGAAGUACUGGGUUUUACCAUUCCAAAGAACGUAGAUGUGAUUGCCAAUCUCUGGGCCGUUCAUCAUGACCCGGAAGCCUGGGGUGACCCGGAAGUAUUUCGACCAGAGCGAUUUCAGGAUAAGGAGGGGCACUUGAUUAGCCACGAAGCGUACAUGCCGUUUUCAGUUGGGCGGCGUUCUUGCCUCGGAGAACAACUGGCAAAGAAAGAAUUCUUCCUGGUAUAUACCAGCCUACUGCAGCGAUUCACGUUUAGUUUUCCGAAAGAUCGACCGUUGCCAUCACUUAAGGGAGAAUUUGGCUUUACGCUUCGGGCUAAAGACUACGAACUCUGUGUUGAAAAAAGGACGGACCUUUAGUUUGUCUUGCUCUCCUUCUUGGGAGGACAAAAGGACAAAUAUUUUUUUAACAGAAGGGCAAGUUAUUUCCAGAUCCGCCAGUGACAACGCACUUUUUUUAUCAAAUUAUUUCAUCAAAUUUUAUUCAAUUUUAUUCCAAGUAGGUGAGAACAGGUUUCAACAUUGAAAACGCCGACGUCUUUACAUGACCGUGGAUAUAUUCAAACUGUAUAAAUUUUGCUACCCUCUACCAGGGCCACAAACAGAUUUUACACUAGAUAGCCAGAUAUGCCUCUGGCUAAUUCAUGACACUUUUCACUACUCUACGCAUAAGAAAAAAGUGCGCUAAAUUAACCUGCGGCCCUGGUAGAGGAAAGCUCACUGCAUUUUUACCAUAAAGAGUAGGAAGAAAACGCGUGGAAUAUAAACUGCUUAUAUUUCAUUGAAGGUAUUAUUUCCGAUGUAAAUCGGGGACAAAGUUGACCAUUUUAUUGCCUGAGUUUCAGUGGACACCAUAAUAAUAUAAAAUUUAAGUUACUCGACGCUGGGUAUCGGGGUGCCUAUUAAUGGCUGUGUGCGAUAAAGGGUUU